AUGGCUGCCAAGCGAACAGUGCUCAUAUCGGGGUGUUCAGACGGGAGCUUAGGGUCGGAACUCGCCCGUGCCUUUCACAGAAAUGGAUGGCAAGUCUUUGCCUCAGCCCGUAACUUGGCCAGGCUAAAGCAGGCCCAAGACGCGGGCAUCGAGAUUGUGCAGCUUGACACAACUUCAGAUGAGUCCAUCGCGGCCUGUGUGGCCCAAAUAUCAGAGCUUACCGGUGGCUCUCUGGAUGCCCUCGUCAACAAUGCUGGCGCUGGAUACUCGAUGCCAGUUAUGGAUCUUGACAUUGCUCAGACUCGACAAUUAUUUGACCUCAACGUCUUUUCUCUCAUCACAGUUACGCGUGCCUUCUUCCCACUGCUCGUCAAGUCCUCUAGCGGUGGCUUGGUAGUCAACAACACGUCAUGCAUGGCACUGCCUCACGCUUCCAUGCCCUUCUCAGGAGCCUACAACGCCUCUAAGGCUGCCGCAGCCAAUUUUAGCGAAGUGUUACGAGUUGAACUCGCCCCCUUUGGCAUCAAGGUGACGAACCUAGUAACGGGCUCUGUCAAGUCAACUUUCCAUGCAAACGCACCUCAUAUCUCGCUGCCACCCACCUCAAUAUAUAAUGUUGCCAAAGAGGCGGUUGAGAAGUGGAUGUCGGGAGCGGAAGCAACCGCUACAGGCGCAGAUCCUAUUGAAUGGGCAGAAGGCGUUGUCAAAGACCUAAGCAAAACCAAGCCGCCGCUCUGGGUCUGGAGAGGCAAGCAUGCCAUGGCAGCCCGGAUUGGCUCGUUCUUACCGGUUGGUGCUCUGGACAGCAUCUACGCGAGCAGAACAGGCUUAAAUGAGGUAUCACGCAAGCUAAAGGAGCAAGGGGGAGUGGGCAGUAUCAACAAGACGCCGUAG